AUGCAUUUUGUUAAUAGGCUAACUUCUGACGACGACACAGAUGACACGAGCGGCGGAAAGAUAUUCAAUAAUGUUAUUAGGAAGAUACUGUUUACGCCUCAGAGGCUAACUUCUGACGACGACACAGAUGACACGAGCGGCGGAAAGAUAUUCAAUACUGUUAUUAGGAAGAUACUGUUUACGCCUCAGAGGCUAACUUCUGACGACGACACAGAUGACACGAGCGGCGGAAAGAUAUUCAAUACUGUUAUUAGGAAGAUACUGUUUACGCCUCAGAGGCUAACUUCUGACGACGACACAGAUGACACGAGCGGCGGAAAGAUAUUCAAUACUGUUAUUAGGAAGAUACUGUUUACGCCUCAGAGGCUAACUUCUGACGACGACACAGAUGACACGAGCGGCGGAAAGAUAUUCAAUACUGUUAUUAGGAAGAUACUGUUUACGCCUCAGAGGCUAACUUCUGACGACGACACAGAUGACACGAGCGGCGGAAAGAUAUUCAAUACUGUUAUUAGGAAGAUACUGUUUACGCCUCAGAGGCUAACUUCUGACGACGACACAGAUGACACGAGCGGCGGAAAGAUAUUCAAUACUGUUAUUAGGAAGAUACUGUUUACGCCUCAGAGGCUAACUUCUGACGACGACACAGAUGACACGAGCGGCGGAAAGAUAUUCAAUACUGUUAUUAGGAAGAUACUGUUUACGCCUCAGAGGCUAACUUCUGACGACGACACAGAUGACACGAGCGGCGGAAAGAUAUUCAAUACUGUUAUUAGGAAGAUACUGUUUAGGCCUCAGAGGCUAACUUCUGACGACGACACAGAUGACACGAGCGGCGGAAAGAUAUUCAAUACUGUUAUUAGGAAGAUACUGUUUAGGCCUCAGAGGCUAACUUCUGACGACGACACAGAUGACACGAGCGGCGGAAAGAUAUUCAAUACUGCUAUUAGGAAGAUACUGUUUACGCCUCAGAGGCUAACUUCUGACGACUACACAGAUGACACGAGCGGCGGAAAGAUAUUCAAUACUGUUAUUAGGAAGAUACUGUUUAGGCCUCAGAGGCUAACGUCUAAUGACGACACAGAUGACACGAGCGGUGGAAAGAUAUUCAAUACAGUGAUUCCUCUGCAGAGAGCCAUCACACGCUCUUGA